GCGUCGUCAUCAUCGUGGCCGUUGUCUCUAGAGCCUGGACGACAUUCCUUCAACCCUCAGAGCAACCUAAUUGAUAAUCUCCCUUCGUGGUUUCUUCUCUUCGCUCCGCGCCAGAAACCCCGCAGACGCACGAUACUGACCGCGUGUGUUCCUGCUUGCCUGUGCCCCUUUUCCGAGUCCCGCUCCCGGCCGAAGUCGACAACGCCGGCAUCAUGUACUCGAACCCCAACUCCUUCCUGGGGGCCAAUAGCCUCCGCUCGGGGGCUCCGCAGUAUGGAAAUUCGUUCAUGACAGGCACCGAUCAACCCCAGCAGCAGCAGCAACAGCAGCCCGGACCUUUCGCGCCCCAAGCGACGGGCUUCGCCCCGCAACCGACCGGCUUCGCCCAAGCGCCGCUUCAGCAGCAGUACACCGGUUAUCCGGGCUUGCAGCCGCCGCAAGGCACGGGGCAGCUGCAGCCGCAGGUCACCGGUUUCGGCCAGACUCCGCAGCAGAACAUGUCCUCUGCCGUGCCUCCAAUGCCCGCCAUCCCCCAGCAGUAUCAGCAACAGUUCCAGCAGCAGCUUCAGCAACAGCCGAGCCCCUUCGGCGCCGGACCAGCGCAGCCUGCCGCACAGACACUGGUACCGCCUCCGGUGCCCUUAAAGCCGCAGGCUACCGGCUUCAGCGAAAUGGCCGCCUCUUUCCAAACUGCCGGCGGCGCGCGGCCGCAGCCGGGCGCAGCUCCGAGAAAGGCGAACAAGGUUCCUAACAUUCGUCUCUCGUUUAUCACGGCCCAGGAUCAGGCCAAGUUUGAGACAUUGUUCAAAUCCGCCGUGGGCGAUGCGCAGACUACCAUGUCAGGGGAAAAGGCGAGGGACCUACUUCUGCGGUCUAGGCUAGACGGAGACUCGCUUUCCCAUAUUUGGACGCUUUCUGAUACCACUCGGUCGGGAGAGCUUCACUUCCCGGAGUUCGCCCUUGCCAUGUACCUCUGCAACCUGAAGCUCACCGGAAAGUCGCUGCCAGCUACCCUUCCCGAGAACAUCAAGAACGAGGUUUCAAGCAUCGUGGAUAUUAUCAAUUUCAGCAUCGCUGAAGAGUCGGGGCCCAGCCCGUCCACGGCUACCAGCGCCACCGUACAGCAAAGCUCGGCUGCUCCUCCCGUUAUUCAGCACCCGCAGCCCCAGCCCUCGAACUCACAACUUCUCCAGGCCCAGAUGGCGGGCUUUCCCGCCCAGCAGACCGGGUUCUUGGGCCAGGGCCUUCAGCCCCAGGCUACCGGGAUGCCGCAGGCCACCGGCUACACUGGUCCCCGUCCGCCAAUGCCACCGAUGCCGACAGGGUUCGGCUCCUCUCUGUCGCCAAAUGCCGGUCCCGGCGGGAUGAUCGCGCCGCUGAACGCUCAGCCCACCGGGCGGCCUGGCCAGUGGGGCCUCGUCAAUACCCCCGCGACCGGCCUUCCGAACAUCGAUGCUUUGCAGGCGCGCAUGAUGCCCCAGCAAGGCCGCGAGCAGCAGAACUUCACCACGGCCGGGCUGCAAGGAAAUGCCGUGAUCCCCUGGGCCAUUACCAAAGAUGAGAAAACUCGAUACGAUGCCCUGUUCCACGCCUGGGAUGGCCUGAACAAGGGGUACAUUGCAGGCGACCAGGCCAUUGAGAUCUUCGGCCAGAGCGGCUUGGACAAGCCCGACCUCGAGCGCAUCUGGACGCUCGCGGACAACGGUAACAAGGGGCGUUUGGAUAUGGAUGAAUUCGCCGUGGCCAUGCACUUGAUCUACCGCAAGCUCAAUGGCUACCCAAUUCCUAACCAGCUACCUCCCGAAUUGGUGCCUCCGUCCACCAGAAACUUCAGCCAGUCCAUUGGAAUGGUCAAAAACCUGCUUCACCAGGAGUCAGACAUGCGAAAGAACUCUGGUGCGGCGUUGCUACCACAGAAGACGGGCGUCAGCUACUUGAAAAGCCACUCGUUCAAGGGAGCAGGCGGAGCGUUUGGGGGUAACCGGAAGGAUGCCACCGUAUUCAAGUUCAACGACGAGGAAGUGGGAUACCGGUCCAGCGCACGGCGUAGGGUUGGCGGUGCGUCGCCUCGGCCCGAGUCCCCAGCAUCUGUCGGAUCCAACGAGGAGUUGACGCUAGAUCAACUGCGGAAGAAGAUCAAGGAGAAGCAGGUCCUUCUCGACGCCAUGGACUUUGCCGACGAGAAGAAUGCCGAGGAGGACGACAUCCUCGAUAGACGGGAUCGCCGCGAGGCCGAUGAACUCUAUCGUCGCAUCAGGAGGAUUCAGGAGGAUAUUGAUAACCACCCGGAUGCCUCUUUGAUCAGCGGAGACUCGGAGGCCGAGAGGCGGGCUCUCAAACGCCAGCUGCAGAACCUGACCGACAGGAUUCCCGAGCUAGCAUCUCAAGUCAGAAAGACCGAGAAGGCAAUCGCGGACGCCAGAUUGGAAUUGUUCCGCCUCAGGGAUGCUAAGGCUCACCCGGGCAGUGCCGCUGCCAUCAUUGGAACAGGCCCCGGCGGCGCGAUUACCGAGUCUGAUAGGCUCAAGGCACGGGCCAAAGCUAUGAUGCAGCAGCGGACUGCUGCCCUGACCGGCAAGAAGAUCGACGUGAGCAGUGACUUGGACGCGGAAAAGCGACUCGAGGAAGAAAGCAUCAAAGUAAGGACUGAGAAAGAGACCAAUGAGAGGAUGGUCCGGGACGUCGAGGACAGCGUGCGUGACUUCGCCAAGGGCAUUGAAGACAGCCUCAAGGAGGGCGGUCAGGACGCCACCAGUGAGCAUGAGAAGCGCCGGUGGGAGGACGCUCUGGGCGUCGAGGACGAGGUCAGAGAUUUCAUCUUCGAUCUCCAGCGGUCUAGCCGUGCUGCGCGCAUCAGAGCCCAGGAUCGACAAGGGGGCCGGCCGGCCGCUCAGGAGCCUGUCAGAGCCGAGGCAUCCCCGGUUACCCGCGUCGAGAGCCCGUCGACGACUUCCCGCACUCCCACGCCAGCAUCUGCGCCCGCCACAGGCGGAUCGUACUCAUCGUACAAGACCCCCGAGGAGAGAGCGGCUUUCAUCAAGCAGCAGGCUGAACAACGCAUGGCUGAGCGGCUCGCUGCGCUGGGCAUCAAGCCUCCCGUUAAGCCUGGCGAGACAGCGGCUCAGCGAAUGGAGCGCGAGCGAGCCGAGAGAGCCGCCAAACUGCGGCAGGCCGAGGAAGAAGACGCUCGUCGUGAAGCUGAGAGACAGGCAAGGCUCGCCGAAGAGCAAGGUGUUCCGCCACCCGCUCCCCAGGCUCCCAAGGUCGAGGCCAAGAAGCCUCCUCCGCCCCCAGCGAGCCGUAAAGCGGCCAAGACGGAAGACAAGCGGGCCGAGGAAGACGUCUCCGCGAAGAAGGCCGAGGAAGAGCGCCUGGAGCGGGAGCGUGAGGAACAGGAGCGCGCUACUCGUGAUCUUGAGGAGCGCGCAAAGGCUCAGGAAGAGGAGCUUGCUAGGGAACGAGAGGAUGCUGAUGCUCGCCUGAAAGCGCUUGAAGAGCAAGUCCGCCAAGGCAAGCUGAGGAAGGAGGAAGAGAAGCGGAAGAAGAAGGCGGCAUUGGCUGAGGCGAAGGAGAAAGAGGCUCAGCUGGCUCAACGCCGGGCCGAAAUCGAGGCGGCCCGGAAGCGCGAGGAAGAGCUUCGCAAGCAGCUUGAGGCCAUGGAGGACGAGAGCUCGUCGUCGGACGAUGAGGGUCCGGAGCAGAUCACACCUCAGGCCUCGACUCCGACUAUGGAUGACAGCCAAUUUGUCGACCGCGAGCCUGAGCGAAAGCCCACGCCGCCGCCGCCAACCGCGGCCUCUCCGCCACAGAUUGUCACAUCCAGCCCUCCUGCUGCCGAGACGGAAAGCCGCAACCCCUUCUUCAGGAUGAUGUCACAGUCCUCGGAGACGGCAUCGCCUGCGCCUCCUGCGCCGGCACCGGCACCUCCGGUGGCGCCUCCGCCGCCGCCGCAGUCUGAUGUCUCGACGAACCCCUUCCACCGUAUGACGCAGGCUGCUGCACCGGCAGCCCCGUCUAUCCCGGUGACCAGACGACAUGUUGAUGACGAUGGCUGGGGCUCAGACAAGGAGGAGGAAGAGGACGAUUCGGACGAUGACCGGCCCGGCGGCAACAACGCCGCUCAGCUGGCAUCCAUCCUGUUCGGCACCAUGGGACCCCCGCGUCCGCUGUCCGCAACUGGUGACAAGGCCGCCGCCUCUCCGCCCGCGAGCUCUCCGAUUGCGCCGCCUCCGCCGCAGCCCGAGUCGGCGCCGCCGGCAACGACAUCCCCUCCGCUGCCGCCCCCUCCUCCCCCGAUGCCAGGCGCUUUCCCAACCGCUCCACCUCCGCCUCCCCCGCCUCCCCCACCGAUGCCAUCCGCGGGGGCACCGUCUGCGCCUCCCCCGCCGCCCCCGCUUCCCGGUAUGGCUCCGCCGCCUCCGCCGCCUCCUCCGGCCGCGGGUGAUUCGCCGGCUCCUCCCGCUGCUGGCCGGCCCGCUGCGCUCCUGGGCGAGAUUCAGGCGGGCAAGGCCCUGAGGAAGACGGUCACCCGAGACAAGAGCGGGGCAGCUGUGGCUGGCCGCGUACUGGAUUAAUUUAUUGGUUACAUGCUGUGCGCCCGGCAGGUGGGUAGCGGUGUCGGAGAAGGAAUGGAGCUGAGUGAUAACACGAGUUGUAUAGGUCGCCAGAGUGCCAAACAGGGGAAGAAGUGCGUUGGUUGGGGAUGUUGAUCUUUGGCGUUGUAUUCAGUGUGGGUAGCACUCGGUUUGUGAGGUUGUGCUUAGAUUCUCUACGUGGUGUGUACCUACGUAGCCGACCUCACCUGCCAAGUUCCUCCCGCUUUUUCACCUUACAUCUUACCUAGCGUACCUAGAACAAUCCGCUUCAGCUUUUACCUACUACACCUCCGUCAUUCAAUGUACAGUAUCAUUUCUCCUGCA